CCAAGGCGUAAUCCACGAUAGUAUAUAAAUUAGACACUGCUCCAACAAGCUCUACAGAUCUAGAUGAGAUGCAAACCUAUUUCCUGACCAAGUACUAGAGUAUUUUAAGCUCGCUGGAGUGCCUCAAGCAGCAUCAAGUAGGUGUCAACGAAAUGAAAUCCCAGCACUGUGCCACCAUUCGAUGGCCAUUCGGGAAUCAUGAAGUCGAUGCGGUGCAACCAACACUUCUGGAUCAUCUCUCAAGGCACCGUCAUAUUCCCCUUCUCCGUACAGGCUUCCAGACUUCACUCUCUAGCCAGUCCUCCAGCAUGCUCCGCACAUCCCUGGCAAUGCGACAGUUAUCUCAUUCCGUACUCAGACUCCAUCAAAUCGCAUGGUUCUUUCCAGUUCGUCUACACACAUUCCCUACACUCGAAUCCCAGCUUGUCCAGCAACAUGGACUUCGGAUGUGGGCCAAGGACUCGAGAACGCAGCCAAAUUUGAAAGCAGGCAGCGCAGAGCUACUUGACGAAGCAACCUCUAGGUUCUCGUCUGCCUUGAUCUUCAAACGUAUCGGUGUUAGUACGUUACUCUUCAGUGCUAUUGGGAUUUCGGUAGCCCUUGAAUUAAUUCGCGACAAUCAUCAAGUAAAGCAAAGGGGUGAUGGAGAGCAGCGCGGGGACGUGAAAGCCAUUGAAGGACCAAAAUGAGAAGAGGAGAGAGAAGAGGCGUGAGGCUCGUCAUAAAUGACCAGAGUGCAAAUAGUGUGACGAGUAUAAGAACGAGUUUGGUGUAAGAUGUCGGGGUAAGGGAAGGCGAACGGCAGAAAAGGACCUAAUCGCGAUGUGGAAAGAUGCUACGGCUACGAAGGCGUAUCAAUCGGCCUGUUCG